GAGCCGGCGAGUCUGAGCUCAUCCACUCCAUUCAAACCUCUGCUGUUGAAAGAAUAACUCUCAACUCUUGAUCCAUUCCAGAGAGGGAAACGGAGGAUGGAGGAUGUGAUGCUGCUCAUCCUGAUACUCUCAGGAUUUCUCAGCCUGCCGUCCUCCUCGGAGUUCUACCUGGUGAACGAGAGGAGGACCUGGGCUGAGGCUCAGCGCCACUGCAGGGAGAACUCCAGCGACCUGGCGUCCGUCCACCAUGACGGAGACUCCCGGAGGCUCCUGAUGGCCGCAGGCCGGAGCGGGGACUCGGGCCGCUCUGCGUGGAUCGGACUCUUUGACGAGUCCACUGUGUGGAAGCUGUCCGAGGACGCCAGCCUGGAGGUGAACACGGAUUCCCUCGACUGGAUGAAAGAACAACCCAAUAAUUUUGCGGGAAGCCAGCACUGUCUCUACAUCACCCAGACGGGAAUUUUAAAUGAUUUCUUCUGUAGUACACCUUUCCAUUUCAUCUGCUAUGACGACAGAAACGCGUCCCGCUACGUCUUGGUGGAGGUUAAGCUCAGCUGGUCGGAGGCUCAGGCGUACUGCAGGGGGCGCCACACAGACCUGAUGAGUCUGAGGAGCAGAGAGGAGCAGGAGGACGUCCGACGGAGCCUGAAGUGGGCAGGCAAUGUGUGGGUGGGGCUCUACAGAGACCCCUGGGCCUCCUGGUCUGACGGCAGCGCCUCCAGCUUCAGCGACUGGAAAGCCACGCAGCCCGAUAACCAGGGGCGGGACCGGCAGUGUGCGGCGGUCCUGCUCCACACGGGGAAAUGGGUGGACGAAAACUGCCGUGAGGAGAAACCCUUCUUCUGUUUCAAAGCAGAGACGAAGCUGAAAAGAUUGAAGAUGACGAUGCGAACUGUGGCCGACAUGAACGACGUAGAGAUCCAGCAGCAGCUCUUACAGCAGCUCCGUGCCCACAUCCUGCUCAAAGGGCUGAAAGUCUCCAGAAUGUUUUGGGGAAAGAUCCAGAAGAAAGAAGAAGAAAAAUGAGGGGGCGGAACAGAGCAGCUGUGAUGAGAAACAUCCUGGUAACCAGCAACAUCUCACACUUUAACACUGAAAUAUGAUCUUCUAUAUCUUUAUCUAAGAGAGAAAUACUUCAUCUCUGUGAAUAGAUGGAUUUUUCCCUAAGAGAUCUACAGUCGUCAUGGCGACACAGCGGUGAAACCUUA